AUGCGGGAGAAACCCACGCGUAGCUCGUGGCACAGUUGGUGGCCCGCGUCUUGGAGAUCGGUACCCAAGCUGCCCCCAGAGCCGAAUACAUCAGCGUCCAAAAAUCCGACAACGAAUCCAUCAGCCGAUGCCACUGCGACAUCCACGCAAGAAAAGUUUCCUCAUACCACGUUUGCGAUGCAGGAAGCGCACGCUUCUCCGUUGACAGAAAAGCAACAUGACGACCAUCACGCACGUACGACACGCUUAAAAUUCGCAGGAACACAUAUUCGUUUGCAUCCGGAGGAUUUACCACAUGACUAUGAGCCUGGCGAAGUGUAUCGUGGACUCGAUGAAUACGUUGCUGCGCGUCGCAGUGCUCGUCGACGAGCGCAUCGUUUGCGGCGCACUUCUGGCACUCGUGAAUCAGAACGCAACCAAGAUUCAGACUCAGAUUCAGACUCGGAUAGCUCUGACUCUGAUUCGAGCAACGGACCGCAGGUGAUAUCUCGUCUCCUUUCCUUUUUUGGCGACAAUUCAGACGACCCAUCCUCAGACUCCAGCACCGAUGACGAUGAUAGUGACAGGGACUCAGACUCUUCAACGUCUUCAACGACGUCUCGCGCACGCUCAUCUCGGGAUGUGGAUCCAUCUGAUCGUAUUUCAUUGGCCAGUGGUCGCUCACGUCGCGAGAUGGCUGGCACUAGCACCCCUGGUGCUUCGUCAGCCUUUGCACCAUGGACGCCGCGCCUGAGUGCACUUACCGGCACAAGGCGCCGUCGUAAGCGCCGUCGUCAUGCUAAUCGUCGGGAGCGUCCAGUGCAUAUCGUCAAGGCCAGUCGCAUGGCGCGUCGCAAUGCGCGGCGUCUUCGCGAAUUGUCGGGUGGCAUCACAGAGUACACUCUGUUUGCUCCUACGGGCGAUAGUAGAUCCAACGUUGUGGUGUCGCAAUCUUGGAGGGCUAUAUGGGAUCGGAUGGAGCACUACUUUUCCUAUCACCGACAAAAUGAUGGACUGGCUGGCGAUUUGGGUCUGCCGAUGCUUUCGUCGCCUCCGGCGCCGACAACAGUGGAGCCAAUCAUGGGUGAUGAAAAUUUGGCACUUCCCUCACCCGCACUUGAAUUGCAUGUGCCUGACCGAGCUGCUGAUUCACCGCAUGAUCCACAUGCCGAGGCCUUUGAGCAUGAGCUCCAGACUGGCCGGCACAUGUCUGACAUGCCGCUUACGCCUUUUUUCCGCUCCAAUAUCUCGGGUGAUGUAAUACCUUCGCCGAUGCCAUUCGGCUCACUUUCAACUGGACGGGCAACCUCCCCUCGACAAGAACGUAUGUCGCCAUUUCCAAACCAUGGAAAAGUCAGUCCCAUCCCUGAGGAACCUGGCGACUUGCAGCUACCAGAGGCUGCACUCGACAUAUACGGCUAUCCUGAGCCGGCUAUAGCGGAUUCAGUCAAGAAUGAGGAUAUUACAGAGGCGUCAAUUCGCUCCGAUCCUUGGUGGCUUGAUAUUCGCUGUCCGACCUACAAAGAUAUGCAGCAGCUUGGUCAGCACUUCCCUCUUCAUCCACUCACGGUGGAAGACAUCUUGAAGCAAGAACAGCGAGAGAAAGUCGAGACAUUUGAACGCCUUGGCUACUACUUUGUGGUGCUUCGCGCACUCGAUGAGAAUUAUUUCCGAUUCACAAAGCCGGCUGAGAGGACGGACGACACCCGCGAAAAGCACUUGCUUGUGUCGCCAGGACUUGUAGAGGCACAAGUUCCUAGCACGCCUCUCCCCGGCAACAUAGAGCCUAAACCCAAUGUCGGCAGCGGACGCGUGCACAUCGAGACGGUCAAGUCAGAAGACGCAAAAGAAGGUCUCGAGGGUCUUAAUGCCGGUGCAGUAACAUUAUAUCUCGUGGUGUUUUCAUACGGUGUCUUAUCAUUCCAUUUUGAAGAUGUGCAUAAACACACCGACAAAGUACGCGACAGGCUGAAUUCAUCUUUUACUAUGAUGGAGCGUAGCUCCGACUGGAUCGUGCAUGCACUGUACGACUCGAUCGUCGAUGCAUUCUUUCCAUACGUGUCGUUCCUUCAGCACGAGGUCGAGUAUGUCAACUAUUUAUCGAACGAUCUAAGCCUUACGCCGUUCAAGAAGGAUGAGCGCGUGUCCAAGCAAGCGAAACGUUUCUUCACAAAGCCUCUCUUCGCUAAAACCCGAAGAAAAAGGGAGACCGCUUUUGUUGCCGAAGAGAUCCUGCGUGCCUUGCCAAAAGGCAAUGCUGAAUACGUGGAGUACCUUACCAAACGUGCAAAGAAACAGAAAGCGUUUUCCACAUAUGAUGCUAUGGACCAAAGCCAUUUUAUACUCCGUCUUGCACGUGUACGUGAGGUAGUAAUAGGCCUCACCCGCUUGCUUGUGCCGAAAGCAGACGUCGUCCGAGCUUUGCGCAAGCGUCUGGUCGAUAUGGACCGGCCUGAACGGAAAAAUGGCUUAUUGGGGAUGUACUUCGACGACAUUUUCGAUCACAUUGCUUCUAUGCUGGCACAGCUCCAAGAGCGGGAAACCAGCUUAAAAUAUACCCAUUCGUCUUUCUUUGCGAGGGUGUCUAUGAUCUCUAUCCGAUUCCAGAUCCAUAUUGCCACAGUGAUAACUUUGGCAACCAUGGUGAUUGACAUUGUGUUUUUUAUCACUCUGUUUUGCACGACUUUUAGUAUGAACUUGUAUAUUCCUGCGGACAACCAAAAAGAUCCGGACCGUCCGGACGAGCCCAUGCACAGUAACUCACGUGCCUUUGCAGGUAUUGCCUCUUCUCUCGUCGUGUUUCCUAUUUUCUUGUACUCCUACUACAGAUACGCCGUUUUUCGUUCCAAAGCACGGUCCAAACGAUCGAUGGAAUCACGAUAA